UUCAAGCAUUAGUUUUGACACAGAGUAUUAUCUUACUUAACACAGCAAUUCAUAUUAGUUUCUCAUGAAGCACUUGAUCCAAAUUCUCAUCUUCAUCGCCAAAUGCUGCAGCUUCUGCAACCCGAAAGAAGAAAAAGGACUGAGCAACUUUUGAUCAGGGUUUGGGGUUCAAGGCUCGUCUAUUCUGUCCAACAUCAGAUCAAAUUACAAGAAGCAACAAUCAAGAAAAGAGAGAAAGGAGGAGUAUUGGACCAGCAAUCAAAGAAUCGAGAGAUGAAUUCGCUGAAGAAGGGUUCUUUUCGUCCUCUGGGGCUGCUGCUUGGCUCUCUACUUGUCCCAUAUCUUAUCAGGAUUGGAUGCUACGGAGAUGAAGAAAGGGGAAAAGGCAGCAGCAGCAGCAGCCAAAAAAUUGGGAUGGACGAGAAUUUUGAAGUUGGAGUUGGGGUUGGGUGCUAUCUGCAACCCAUGUAAAGUUGUGGAGUGAUUUGCAAUUAAUCUGUUAAAUGUUAUUGUGCCAACAUUGGAAUGGACAUCAAAGUCUAGUGUAGGCCGACCACUUCUGCAACAAAACCGCUGAACUUUAACAAUUCAUUCCUCGUUCUUCUCACUCUUUCCGCAUCGUCAUUUUCACCACUCCCAGCCCCAGUUCCCCUCUUCUUCUCCUUCUCCAUUUCCCCAUUCCUCCUCUCAAUCAGAACUACAGGGAAAUUACAUUAUACAUGACCAAACGCGGAAGGUGGCUCAUGAUUUUGGGAUACGGGCAGUGCCCAUUCUGAUGAUGGGGGGGCUAAUUCUAAUUUUCAAAACUACAGGGAAGCACUUCUGAGAACGUCAUAUUUUAAAGGAGUUCAGUGUAAUUAACCCAUCGAAGUUUUGGCGGAGCAGGAGACCCGCCAAAUUGCCACCUUCCGAACAUAUCAUUGCUAGGGUUCUGCUGCUGCUGAUGCGACGGUCCUUCUGAUGAGGUCAGUGAUUUCUAGUACGCUGGUCUUCAAUUAGGACUCUGUUAGUUUCAUUGAUUAAUCGAAAUAUGCGUUCCAAACUGACUAAAAAUGCAAUCUUUGAAGCUGACAACUCACUUGAAGUCUCUCUUAGAGAAGCUUUUCAGCUUCUGGAGCCCCAACUCAGACCCCCUUUUCCUUUAAAACUUCCAACUCAAGAAGAGUACUUCAACCUGAACAAAGCAAUUCUUUGUGGAAUUUUAUGUGAACCCCACUUGGUCAGAGUCCACAUUAAGCACUUACAUGCUAUUGUCACUGAUGGCUACACUUAUUUUAUAUCCAUGCUUAUCAAGAUUGUUAAUGAGUUGUAUGCCAAACUCGUUGAUUCAGUGAAAACUCAGUUGAUUUGGGUGACGUGUGAAAUGGUGAAUGUGUUGGGAGUUGGAUUUGAUGGUUUAUUGGUGGCCCUUUUGAGGCAAAUUGUUGGUGGUGACUUUAGCGGAGGAAAUUUGUGGUUGUGUUUUGAGAUGGUUAGUCUCUUUAGGGACAAAUGGGAUUGUUUGUUGGAGGAUGAACCUCUAGUUUUGACCAGUGCUUUAUAUGUGUUUCUUCGUUUAUUGGCCGAUCAUUGUAGGUUGCCAAAUGACUCAAAAGUUGAAACCUUGAAGAGGCUUGAAAUUGAUUUUUGCAUUAGGAUGUUAAGGGAGAAAUUUGGUUUGUGUUUGAAGAUUGGAAGAGAUCUUGUUCGGCUUUUACAGGACUUGGUUCAUGUACCUGAGUUUCGCUCAAUUUGGAAAGACUUGUUAUUGAACCCUGGUGUGUUUCAGACUGAUGCAUUUUUAGAUAUCUCACAGCUCUACCUUUCAAGGACUUCUAGUAGGUAUUUUCUGCUGCGGAUAACUCCUGAAAUGGAGAACCAGUUGAGGUUCUUGCUAACGCAUGUUAAAUUGGGAAAUCAAAAGAGGUACCAAGUUUGGUUUGCAAAGAAGUUUCUUGGUGUCCCCGAGAGGGAGACUCUUCUAACUGACAUUGUUAGGUUUAUUUGCUGUGGACAUCAUCCACCUAAUGAGAUUAUCCAGUCAGACAUCAUCCCUAGGUGGGCUGUCAUAGGCUGGUUGCUAAAAUCUUCCCAGAGGAAUUAUGUCGAAGCAAAUGUUAAGCUUGCCUUAUUCUAUGAUUGGCUUUUCUUUGAUGAGAAGGUAGAUAAUAUAAUGAACAUUGAGCCUGGGAUAUUGCUAAUGAUAAAUUCCAUUCCUAGUUAUGUUGACAUAACUCAUACUCUUCUAGAAUUUCUCUUGAUGCUGGUGGAAGACUAUGACAUUGAAAGAAAAGAUGUAAUUGUCAAAGGGGUAUCUUCAGCUUUCACUUUUCUUGUUCGAAAAGGUGUGGUUCGAUCUCUUGAUGCUUUGACUUGUUCUGAUGUGAUCUCUCCUUUUCUCAAGCAAUUGUUUGAAAAAAUCUUCAAAGACAUGUUAGCAAGCCUUUCUGAGAGGGCAGUUGCCAGUCUUCCGCUUAAACCAUUUUCUGCCCCUUCUUAACUGAGUCUGUUCUUAUCACCACCUUUUUGGAUAGUCUGAGGCUCAAGACAUGCUUUUAAGAUGCAUUGAGUGAUGAUGGUGGUGAUGUUUUUGUUUCAUCUUUAUGUGAAGAAGAUGGAGGUUUGAGCCUGUCAGAAGUGGUUGGUCAUGCUUCACAGGCGAACAAAUUGGAAUAGGAUUAUCCAAACUAUCGCCAUGGAAUUGAAGAAGUCAAGUGACAUUCUCCUUGAAGGUAAUUCAUUUUGAUUAAGGUCUUGUAUUCUGUUAGAUUAUACCUUCUUUCUGUUAGAUUAAGCACAACCCACCACUUCCUCCGCCACCUCAAUCUGCCUCUGCUGCAAUCCCUUGUCCCAACUCCCCGACUUUAGCUCCCCUUGGGGGUCUGGAAAGGACGACAGUGGAACGUAGGAAAUUCACGUCUCCUAUUGAAUUACUGUAGGAAAAAUAUAUUAAAAGCCUACUUGAUUGUACGAAUGUGCCGUUGGGUAUUAAUGUUGCGGUGGAGAAAAUGUUACUCCACCCUUGCCAUCACUGCAAAUUCUCAGAUUGCGGAAUAUGCACGGUUGGGCCAAAUUGACAAUGCCCGAAGGGUUUUUGAUCAAAUGCCCCACAAAGGUGUUGUCUCCUGGAAUUCCAUUAUUGCCGGCUACUUCCAAAACAAACAGCCUAGCGAAGCCCAGAGCCUCUUUGAUCAAAUGUCCGAUAGAAAUUUAGUUUCUUGGAAUGGACUGAUUUCAGGCUAUGUAAAGAAUGGGAUGGUGGACGAAGCCAGAAAGGUUUUUGAUGAGAUGCCCGAAAGGAAUGUUGUCUCGUGGACUGCAAUGGUUAGAGGGUAUGUGGAGGAGGGGCUGGUAUCAGAGGCUGAGGCUCUCUUUUGGCAAAUGCCUGAAAAGAAUGUGGUUUCGUGGACUGUCAUGUUGGGUGGGUUGAUACAACAGGGUAGACUGGAGGAGGCACAGAGGCUUUAUGAUAUGAUGCCCGUGAAGGAUGUGGUGGCAAGAACAAGUAUGAUUGGUGGGUUGUGUCAGGAAGGUCGGUUGGGUGAAGCUCGAGAGAUUUUUGACAAUAUGCCCCAUAGAAAUGUGUUCUCCUGGACUUCAAUGAUCUCAGGAUAUGCACAAAAUGGGAAGGUGGAUUUGGCUAGGAAGCUUUUUGAGGUCAUGCCUGAGAAGAAUGAGGUGUCAUGGACUGCUAUGCUGAUGGGAUACAUUCAGAGUGAAAGAAUUGAAGAGGCAUUGGAGCUCUUCGAUGCAAUGCCUAUUAAAUCAAUUGUUGCUUGUAAUGCAAUGAUACUUGGGUUAGGCAAGAAUGGGAAGGUCACUAGAGCGAGGAGGAUAUUUGAUUCCAUGAGGGUGAAGGAUGAUGCUGCAUGGAAUGCAAUGAUUAAGGUUUAUGAGAGAAAAGGGUUUGAUUUGGAGGCCUUUGAUAUGUUUCGCUGUAUGCAAAGACAAGGUCUUAGACUGAACUUCCCAUCAUUGAUAAGUGUGCUUUCUGUGUGUGCUAGUCUUGCAAGUGUCGAUCAUGGUAGGCAGAUUCAUGCUCAGUUGCUCAGAUCAAAAUUCGAUGAUGAUGUAUAUGUUUCCUCUGUAUUGAUAACAAUGUAUGUGAAAUGUGGCGACCUUAUCAAAGCAAAGCAAGUAUUUGACAGAUUUUCUCUGAAGGAUGUAGUCAUGUGGAAUUCUAUAAUAACAGGAUAUGCCCAACAUGGCUUAGCAGAUGAAACCCUGCAAGCAUUCCGUGAAAUGUGUUCUCUAGGCAUUGCAGCAGAUGCUGUUACUUUUGUUGGAGUUCUCUCAGCUUGCAGUUACACUGGAAAAGUCAAAGAAGGGAAAGAAAUCUUUGAGGCUAUGAAAUCCAAAUAUUUGGUAGAUCCUGGAACUGAACACUAUGCUUGUAUGGUUGAUCUGCUUGGCCGAGCUGGUCAUUUGGUUGAGGCUAUGGAUAUGAUUAACAAGAUGCCAGUAGAAGCAGAUGCAAUUGUUUGGGGUUCUUUCAUGGCAGCAUGUAGGAACCACAUGAACUUGGACUUGGCAGAAGUGGCAGCAAAGCAACUUCUGCAGCUUGAGCCACAAAAUGCCGGACAUUAUGUUCUGCUUUCCAAUAUUUUUGCCUCUAAGGGCAAAUGGGGGGAUGUAGCAAAGCUGAGGAAGCACAUGCGGUUGAGGAAAGUUAGCCGCUCGCCUGGUUGUAGCUGGAUUGAGGUUGAUAAGAAAGUGCAUAUGUUUACUGGUGGUGAGCACAUGCCGCAUCCAGAGCAUCCAAUGAUUGUCGAGAAGUUAGAGAGCUUAGCUGCAUUGCUAAGGGAAGCCGGAUAUGUCCCUGAUGGCAGCUUCGUCCUGCAUGAUUUGGAUGAAGAAGAGAAGGUACGAAGCCUGGGACAUCACAGUGAAAAGUUGGCUAUUGCAUAUGGACUUCUGAAGUUGCCUGGCGGAAUGCCCAUAAGGGUAAUGAAAAACCUCCGAGUUUGUGGAGACUGCCAUGUUGCUAUAAAGUUAAUUUCAAAAGUUACAGGAAGACUAAUUAUUUUAAGGGAUGCAAAUAGAUUUCAUCAUUUUAAGGACGGAGUAUGCUCUUGCAAUGAUUACUGGUGAACCUUGAAAAGUCAUUCUGGUAGCUUUGCAGAGAAUUGGUCAGAGCAUGACCUGUGCCUGCCUAAAGACAGAUUUUGUCAUAUGGAUAUGCGCAACUGCUUGCCAUAAUGCUGCUUAUAAUUGUGAUUAUAUGUCCUUUAGCAUGGUCACUGCUGAUUUAUGCAACUUUGGCUGAAAAAUAUAUUUGAGCAGCAGCUGUGAGCUGCUUGUCUUCUCAUGAUGACUGAAAACAAACGUCAUACUUGAUGGAGGGAGGGCUUUUGGUGCUGAAGACCCAAAAAACAAUUGAAGUGGUGAUGUGGCCACCAAAGAUAGGCUGCCUUUAAUUCCUUGAUGGUGCAACCAAGUUUUACAGUAAAGGUUUGCUUAUUUCUGAAUAUUCUGCUCUACAUGUGUUCAGGAGAGCUGUUCAAGAAGAGCUUUUGGUCAUUUUUGGAUUCCCAAGUGGAGUGAGCUCUGUCAACGACCACAAGCUGAAUUUGAGCUCGUGCACCCAAUGAGCAACUAAAGCCUGUGCACAAGAACAUGGGGUUAGAUUAAUCAUGGCCUGUGCGUCAGAUUUGUUACGUACUUGGAUCCCAUCCGCUCAUACUACAGUGCAUGGCUGCGACAUUGAUGUCAGAUGAGAUUGUGGGCUAUGAAAAUUGUUUAAUUAUUGAAUGCUACAUACAUAAUUUGUUUGAGUUUCGUGCUCUAGAAAGAAUAUAUUAUAGUUCAAGAAACUUGCAACUUUUUUUUUUCUUCUUAGCCGGAGCCCAGAAACUUGCAAGUUGAUACGAGCUAUUACUAGCUACAACUUGAAAGAAAGUAACGUUUGGCCUUAUAAUUGUUCUUUAGCCGUUACAUUGAAAGGUCAUCAAUUUCUUAGUCCUGAAAACAAUGUUGAUUGCUUUAUCAUUUUCUUUUCC